GUUUAGUCAGUUGAGUAGCCCUUCGCCGAUAGACAACGCUCUCCUUCAAUCCCUUUGUACAGUACGACAGUGUGCGUCGGUGAUGAUAGUCCACAGUCCUGUCCGCCCGAAGGAUGGAGCGUCCAUGGAUGCACCAGGUGAUCGCCCCUGGCACCCUCAAGGUGGGAGACCGCGUGCACAUCCACCUGGACCAUUUUCCAUCUCUUUGCCACAUUGCAAUAGUGACAAGUCAUCUUCCCUCAUGUAUGUAAGUACAGAAAUAGGCCCUGCACCUUAUAAUACGCUCCGCCUUAUGUAUGUAAGUACAGAAAUAGGCCCUGCACCUUAUAAUACGCUCCACCUUAUGUAUGUAAGUACAGAAAUAUUGUGUUAACAGACACCCCCUCUAUUUUUUAUUUUCUAUUAAACUACUCUGUUCGUAUGGAUAGGGUCAGUUACCAUUUUUCGCCAGUAGGUGGUGAUCUGGUCCCAUUGUGGAUCAAUUGGAGACUAUGCCUGUACGGUCUGCCCAUGCGCAGGACAAAUAACGGCGCAAGGCGUAAGGAAGAUGCUAACUGGUCCUCUCUGUUAAUCCACAGAUCUCGGCGGUGGAGCUGAGGACCAUCAUGAACAAGAUCGUCGCCAAGCGAAGUGACAUCAACACGGACGGCUUCAGCAUGGAGCUGUGUAGAGUCAUGCUAAACCUCAUGGAUGACAGCUGGAAUGGCAAGUUGGGCCUGGCCGAGCUCGCCACCUUGUGGAGGAAAGUGCAGCACUAUCUGUUCAUCUACAAGAAGAACAACGUGGACAACUCGGGCACCAUGACCACGCCUGAAAUGAGGGUGGCCUUUAAAGACGCAGGAAUCUUCAAGAAGUAGGACUCCGAUGACAGCGGCUCCAUUCAGCUCAAUUCAACCAGUGGUUGAACUUCUCCAUGAUCUGAGCGUCCGCCUACCAUCAACUACUUCCUGUUUGUCAGUGCCAUUUGAAAUCAUUGCAAGAAAAAACUAAGUAAAUAAAACUUAAUUCAAACUACAUUAGCAUGAGUGCUAGCAUGUAGCCAUCUUGGACCGUACUGCAUCCGUGAAAGUGGCUCAACCAACCCAGGCUUUGAGCU